UGAGAAGGAAGUUAAGAAAUUGGAAAAUUUGGAUUUUGAAUUGAUUUUCGAAUGAAAAUAAUGAUUUGCCGUUUGUGUUUGAAAGAUUUGGAAGAGGUUUUCGAUAUCUUUGGCAAUGAAUUAAAUAUUUCCAGCAUUAUAGAAAAGCAUUUUUGGUUUGAGCCACGUCGGGAUGAUCCCAUAUCCACUGGUGUUUGCACUUCGUGUUGGAAGAAAUUAUGCCAAUUUCAUGAAUUUUAUGAAAUGGUCGAAAGCGCUCAUCGUCAUAUGACCGAAAGAUUUCAGAUAGUUAAGACAGAGCAUGCAAAGGCAAAACGUUGCUCUAUAGAUGAUGAUCUUAUGAACUUCAAUUCCUUGCCUAAGCCUGAGCCAGACGAUAAUGACUUUGAUAGGGAAGUGCCCUUCAACAUGCUUAUUGAGGAUACUACAGAUGAGCCAGUUGCAAAGGCGUUUGCCAUUGCCCUCGGAGCGGAGGAUUUACGCGACUUCAAUGGUGACGACAAUGAUGAUGGGGAAGGUGAAAAAUUUGAUUGUCACAAUGAUUUUUUAUCAUUUGAUGGCGAAGCAUUUAUGAAAAAUAUUCUCACAAAUAAAUCACAAGAUACCGUUAGCAAGAAAAAAGAAAAACCUGCCGGGAAAAAAAUAAUUUGUAGAUCGACUAGAAACAGAAGCAAGCAAAGUAGCUUGGAAUCAUUGUCCUUGCAAAAAGAUGAGAAAGGAAGCAAUCUCAAGAAAGGUAGAGUUUCGAAUAUUAAAUCCAAUAUUAGAAAAGGACAAAAUUUACAAAAUGGCACACAAGAUCGGGCCGAAUACAAAGCAAAAAUGAAAGAAAUAGAUGAUCAAAUUAGCCAAUACAUGACCCUACAUUGCGAUGUAUGCAAUACAGACUGUAAUAAUUUUGCUGGUCUACGAAUUCAUAUGCGCGAGAAACACGCUAUUAAAAGGGGAUACGCAAAAUGUUGCAAUAAAAAAUUUUUGAAAAGGGCCCUUUUAUUGGAUCAUAUACGGCAGCAUUUGGACCCGGAAUGUUACAGAUGUGAAGAAUGUAGCAAAACCUUUGCCGAUCGACAGUCAAUGCGAAACCAUUUCCUAAUUAAACACCAAAAGGAAGAGGACAAAAAAUAUGAAUGUACGCAAUGUUCCAAAAAAUUUGUAAAGAAAUAUCUGUUGGAACAACAUAAAAUGUUUACGCAUCGUGAUCGGAGUACAACUUGUAAAACAUGUAAUAGAAGAUUUGAUACCUUGGAAGCUUUGUUGGAGCAUAAUAAAGAGCACUGCAACUAUGGCACAAUGUGUGAUAUAUGUGCCAAAGUAAUACGAGGUACGGCUGCCUUUAAACGGCAUCAACUGGAACAUGAGGGUAUUGUGUUUCCUAAGGUUCAAUGUGAUUUUUGCGGUUCAUGGCACAAGGACAAGUAUUCAUUGAAUAAACAUAAAAAACGGCACAUGGAAUCCAAGCAACCUCAUGUUUGCGACAUUUGUCAAAAGAUAUCACCCAGCCGCAGUGCUAUGCUUAGUCAUAAACGUUACGUUCAUGGCACCGAGAAAUCAUACGAGUGUGGUGUUUGUCGGAAAAGUUUUAAGAAACCACUAUCAUUGAGAGAACACAUGACAACACAUACAGGAGAGGUUUUAUAUAGAUGUCCCCAUUGUCCAAAAACCUUCAAUUCCAAUGCAAACAUGCAUUCUCAUCGCAAGAAAGUCCAUCCUCGUGAGUUUGAAGAAACUCGAAAACUUAGAAAACAAAAUGCUCAUCUAAGCUCAAGCCAACAGCCCAUUCCACCUAUAUCGGUGUUAAGCAAUGCAAACACAGACACACCGGCUUUGCUUAUAAUCGAGGCAGGUGACAAUAAUGAAACGCACAACGUUUUAAUAACCACAGCCACUGUCGAAGAGGCAUUCAGUGAAGAAGUAACAAAUUUAACACACAAAGACAAAACUAAUCCCAUAAUACUUUUUGGUUAGAUAGGCGCAUCAAAUAUUGUUUUCCCCUACACGGAAAUGGUUGUUGUUGUAGCCACAUUUGCAUGUUGAGUUGGCGAUACUCGUCAAACUGUUAUAGGCUAGCAAGCUCGUUCCGGUCUGUACGAUCGAUCGCCGAGGGAACAUGAUGGCCAUUGGUUAUUUAAAGGCGCCAAUAUCUCGCCUUGUCGUAUCGAGCAUCAUAGGCACUCAUUAUAUGAGCACGAGCAUGUGCCACGCGGCAUCUCACUGAGACUCAGCACUCGAUACCGCUGAUUGUCCGAGAAUGCAUUUGCAGUUACUCCGUAUGGAGCUUUAUACUAUCCGCAACCUGUGGACGCGCCCGGUAGUUCUUAGCUAAGCUUCUCGUGAUUACGAAGAACACCACACAGAUUAGAGCUCAAAGUUCCAGCCUGUGUGACGCUCAUAGUUAUGCCGUGCCGGGCCGGGGAAAUGGUCAAAAUGUUAGUUCAAUGAUUCGCUGAUAUUUAUAGAUUUGCUUUGUUGAUUUAAGCCAAAGAUUCGUUAAAAAAAAGCUGUAGAAGUUAUUAAACACUUCGUAGAGAGAAAAACUCACAUACGAUUUCAUUCAGGAAUUGCUAUGGCAUCUUGAUAUGGGAAUUUUGAGGAAUGCUGUAAUUUUUCAAAUGUUACAUUGCUGGCAAUACUGUUUUUUCUCUUUUUGACUUUACCUGCUUUAAGCGGAUAAACUUUGGCUUGUGCUCUGUUAUAAGAAAUUAUGAAGCUGUUGUAGAUCAGUAGUGCUCAAAACGAAAAACAUUUUCAUAAUUUUCUCAAUGAAUGAAAGUUAAUUUAUCUGACAAAAAAAUUUAAGUUUUUUAGAAGAAAAUAUAAAAUUAAAAAAAUGUUAAUUUUUUCUUUCAUAUUUAGCGCUUAGCCAGAGAAAAUUUCGAUUAUAAAAUGAAAACACAAAAACGAUGCGUACAUCCAUGCGCAUGUUCAUUCGCUGCUGUCUCAACAACGACUGAAGCUAACAAAAUAAGAAUACAUGUAAAUUGAGCAUCAAGUCAGUGUAAAGGAAAUUUUAGUUUUGUGCACCACUGUUGUAGAUGAUCGCUAUCACUGCACCAAGGCGUAUUAAAUAGGUGGCCGCAUCAGCAAACCUGUUGUAAUUUGAUAUGUCAAAUCAUUUUGAAAUAGAUUCAACAAAUAGAAGCGUCCCAAGUUCGGCCGGGCCGAAUCUUCGGAACCCACCACCACGAAUUCUGCUAAAAAUUUAUACAAAAUAAAUUUAGUUGAAUUGCACAAUUCUCCAUUCUAUAGAGACCGGUUUACAUGGGAGCUAUAUCAGGUUAUACACUGAAUUGGACCGUACUUGGCAUAACUGUUGAAAGUCAUAACAAAACACUAUAUGUAAAAUUUCAGCCAAAUCGGAUAAAAAUUGCGCCUUGUAAUUGCGUCUUCCAGGGGCUCAAGAAGUCAAAUCGGGGGAUUGGUUUAUAUGGGAGCUAUAUCAGGUUAUAGACCAAUUUGGACCGUACUUAACACAGUUGUAAGAAGUCAUAAAAGAAAAAAGAACAUUACGUGCAAAAUUUCAGGGCUCAAGAAAUCAUAUCGGGAGAUCGGUUUAUGUGGGAGCUAUAUCUAAAUCUGAUAUGGCCCAUUUGCAAUUCCCAACGACCUUAAUACAAAGUAUCUGUGCAAAAUUUCAAGCAGCUAGCUUUACGCGUUCGAUCUCGAUUUCGCGUUUCAUGUCGACAGACGGAGUGACAGACUCAGAACGUGGAGACGAUCAAGAAUAUAUAUGUAGUCUUAGACGAAUAUUUCGAUGUAUUACAAACGGAAUGACUAGAUUAGUAUAUCUCCUGUCUAUGGUGGUGAGUACAAAAAGCGCUGAAAAACAAAGACAAAUUUUACGGCUGUACAAUGCCAGAUGUUAGAAUGAAGAAGAUGAGGAGCCAAUAUGUAUGACAAUAAUAGGAGCCGGGCGGGCUGAACCAAAACACCAUGUGCAAAAUUUCAAGGGAUAAGAGAGAGAUAAGCGUUGAACUAAGUGUAAUUUUGUAAGGAACAGACAAAAAUUGUGGAUUCUACAGCUUUAAAAGAGCACAUCGGAUGGAAGAUAUAUAUGGGAGGUAUAUCUAAAUCUGGACCGAUUGUUUUCAAAAUCAAUAGCUAUCGUCCUUGGACGAAAAAAGUGACUUACGCAA